CAACUUAUUUUGAGCACUUAGCCAUGGCGUUCAGCGGCGCCCAGAUGCUCGCUGCCUUCACCCUCGGCAUUCUCCUCAUGGCCUUCUGUGCGGAGGCUCGGGUAUGCAUGUCCCCUAGCAAGUGGUACAAAGGGGACCCUUGCAAGAACGUGCGUUGCACCAAGGCUUGUCACAAAGAACACUUCAAGGGUGGGUUUUGCUCCACUAAAAAGUUGAUCGUUGAUGACGAGCUCAACGAAGACAACAGCGACAACAGCUUUGGCAAAUGGCCUAAGAAAAAAUCGAAAAAAUCGUGCAUGUGUACAUUCCCAUGCGGUCAAACCCCGCCACCACCGUCGGAACCUGAUGUGCCAGAGCCGCCCGAAGUGCCAGUGCCCGGGCCACCGCCGAGGGCCGGCCACAUUUAUUGAGUGAGUAAAUGAUCGUAUGUAUGAACCUGAGGUGUCGAGGAAAGAGAGGAAACAAUCACUGCUUAAUUUGUACACAUGCAUGAUUGAUUGCAUAAGAAUGACAAUAAUAAUAAUCUAAAGUGAAUCAAAAGUAAA